UCCCGGUGUUUAAUACAAUUUUCAUCGCGAAAUACCUAGAGGAACGUGCUUGUUUCAAGUUAUUUGAAUUAAAAUUAUCUCAAAACACCUCUUUCCCAAUGGCUAGCAAAGUUGAAAGUAAAGGCAAGGGCACAUUUCAGCCAGACUCAGAUGUUCAUAUCACGUACGAAGACCAAAUGAAGAUCAAUAAGUUCGCAAACUACAAUGCGAAGGUGGAGGAUCUCAAGGAGGAACUGAAGAUUAAACAGAACGAAAUGAAAAACCUUGAGGAAGCCUGUGACGAAAUUGAACUGCUUGAUGACGAUGUGCAAAUUCCAUUCCUGUGCGGAGAGGUGUUCAUGUCGCACGAUCAAACGAAAACUCUGGAGCUACUAGCAGAGGCAAAGGAGAAAAAGAAAAAAGAGAUCGAUAGCAUUCAGCAGACUACCCGUGACAUCCAGCAAAAGAUGAACGACCUGAAGGGUUACUUGUACGGUCGAUUCGGCAGUAACAUUCAUUUGGAGAAUGACGAAUAAAAUGGCAGAACCGUGGUAAAGUGACA